UUGAUAUUUACUAGACGAUACAUUCUUAGUAGAAGUUGGACUCCUCUUGCGAAAACUUUCCAGGGGUAGAUCUCCUAGUAAAGAUUUCUGGAUCCGCGCAAGAUUUGUUUAUAUAUUUCUCCGAAGUAUUUGGUCACCCUUCAUAAUAUUCGGUCAGAAAUCGAUAUCUAUUUUAAGAGCACCUAGUAUUUCCAACAAAGAGCAGGUUUCGGAUUAUCGCACAUUACUGGUAUCGUAUUUCUGCAAUAUAUUGAUGUGUCCCAUUCUUUUCUAACGCACUGAGACUCUAUGUACAGCCAGGCUGGUCAAUACUAAUUAAUAGUUUUCAUUAAUAUAUAGAGCAAUGUUGGUGGAUUACACCCACAUACUAAUGCUAUUGUGUCAAGUCGAAACAUGCACAGUGUUUUAAUAUCGUUGAAACACACGUGUGCAUUUACAACACACCUCUCCGGAAGUUGACUUGGAAGGAAAAUUAUAGUACAUACAUGAAUGACUAUUCCACGUGCGUAUAUUAUUGAGGAAGUACAAUAAGUAAACAUCGCCUGGUUAAUACGGUAUGUAUACCGUAGUUGCGAAAUCCCUCCGUGUGUGGAUACCGAUUUAGUACAUUGUUACAUGCAUGGCGAUUGGGAUUUCGAAAGUUGGACAACCUUUUUUUUUUCUUCUUCCUGCAAAUGAAAACUGUUCAUUGGUAACGAGCUGAACAUGGAACAGAACAGGUUCUGGAUCGGGUUUUUGAUGAUAUGUGCUUUCACUUUUGGAUGGUUUUUAUGCAGCAUUGAAAGGGAGACAAGUGUAAAUGUUUUACACCAAGGCCAGACGAUUUUAAAUGCCGGAAUUCGAAUUUUUAAAGGAACCGGUAAUGCUGAAUCACCGACAUUACACAGCAGUAGCGUCACGACAAGCAGGCCUGGGGGGUUAAACAAUGGAAGAACUUCACAGAAAGAUAAUCACCGCAAGACUACUACAACACACAAACCUGUGAUUAAAAAGGUUGUGUCAACUGCCAGAUCUAAAAUAAUCCAGGCGCUAACACCAACUCUUACUCCGACAACUCUCCGACUGUAUUCCAGAAAUGCUGAGAAAUGGACUAUGGAUAUGAAGACUUGUAACAUUGGCACCAAAUUCAUGCAGGCUACUCUCAGAACUUCGGCUGGAGCCAUACCUAUUUUUAUACAUAACCCGAAAGAUGACAUUCAUGUCAGUAACAGUAUUUUGAAACAUGGCUCCUGGGAAGGGGGCUAUAUUAAUAUGAUUUUAGAUAUGUUAAGACAGGACCCAGAUUUACAAUUUUUGGAUCUGGGUGCCAAUCUCGGUGUGUAUUCUAUGGCUGCUGCAAAACUCGGUAGAAAAGUUAUAGCAGUCGAUGCAUUAGCUAUGAAUAUCCAAAGACUCUGUGCGACAGUGAAACAAAAUCAGUUCAUGAGUAACGUUAAAUUGGUAUAUAAUGCACUUUCAGAUGUUCACGAGGUGGUAUCAUUAGGCGCAGACAGAGGUAACAUCGGCGGGACUUUCGUAGCAAAAGAUAAGAAUCCAAACAAAGUACGCGGAAGCCGAGUGGGUGGUAACUAUGGGAACGUACAGACAGCGACCCUAGACGACUUACUUCAACUUCCGGAGUUCGAUUCAAAAAAAGUUAUUAUUAAAAUGGAUGUGGAAGGAUACGAGAAUAGGGUUUUUCGUGGAGGAGAGAACUUCUUUAGAAAUGUGAACGUGAAAGCAGUAUUAAUGGAGUGGAUGUGGUUAAGGACGGGUCCGGCUGGUCAGGAAAUCAUAAAUUUCUUGACACGUCAUGGAUUUCAACCAACACGGCCAUCACUGGCCCAACAAAACCUACCUCUGAACAACAGACGAUCAUGGCCAAACGAUGUAUUAUGGAGGAGGAAAGCGUAGCACAUGUUUAAGAUUGUUUUUUCAUUAAUAGAGUAUUUUUACACGUCGUCAAAGUUAGAGGGACUAGAGGUGGGAUUACUCAAUAAUUAUUUUCAUAUGUAGAGGGAUGUGAGUGAGAAAGAAGUUCCAACUACGCAUUUCACUCAGUACAAGCCUCGUUACUACUUCGAGAAAUAUUGUCGACACGAUGCUGUACUGGUGGAAAACGUCUACUAUUAAUGUUAAAUCGUGAUAGCUGGCAACUGGUUUAUUUUUUCACUUCAAUUAAAUAUCAGUACAAUCUCUAAGGUUCAAAGAAGACAUUCAAGUUCCAUCAGUUUGGUUUUUGAAAUCGAGAAUGGAUGCAAGGUGUAUGAAUAUUUGUUUUGAAUACAUGUAUUUUUGAAUGCAUACAGAGGGAUGAGAAACAAAUUCUAAGAAACAUUUAUGAAUGCUCAAACAUUGUAUUGGGUGACUUUUGUUUUUGAAUAUUUUAAAUUCAUCACAAAAGUCAUAUUCUGGCAUAAUUUUUCAUUGAAUCAAGUUUUCAAAAAUUGAUCAUCAAAAUCAUGUAGAAUAGAAUAUUUUUAGUUUUACCAUGUUUAUUAGUAAAUCGGGCUCCACAUGGGUUUUACGAGAUACUGUGCAUGUACUUAUUUUAACGGGAUUCAAAAUUUAGCAGCUUUGGUGUUGGAGCAAGAGUGCUAAUUUAUAGUGGCGCUAAAAUAUCACGUCAGAUAAUGCAUCAGUUCCGACUGUGACAAAUUUUAAAUACACUAAAAUAAGUACGCAUACAAUAAUCACUAACGUGGGGCUCGGUUCUUUAUUGUUGUAUUGCUCAGUCCACAGUAUUAAUUUGUUCUGGUCAUGUCCCAAAUCCAUGGACGAUUUUGAAACUUAUUUUGACAUAUAAAUCACUUUACUGUAGUGUUUUACGCGGGUUGCAUUUAGUUGCUAAUUUGCUUCUAUUGGUAUUCUUCAAAGUUGUCUUUAUGAAUCAUUGUAUCAUUUUUUAGUCAUAGUUUAGCAUCACAUAACACUUUCUUCGAAAGAGUUUUAUUUUUGAGACAAACAAGACAACUUUUGGAGAUCAUCUACUGACCUAUGAUGUUGAUUUUGCCAUGCAUCAUUUUUUUCUUUACAUGCAUAAUGAUUUUUAAAUUGUUGUUCUUUGAUACUGGUAUGAUGUAACAGACAAGUAAAACAGACUUUAGAACCUAAUCAAAUGGUAAAAUCUUAAUAUAUCAUCAAAGAACAUUUAGAUACAAAAUUUGGUACAAAGAGGAUUUUUAAACUGGUUUUCUUCUGAUUUACAAAUUGCCCAUUGUAUCGAGGGCAAUAGCACUAUUAACUGGUUAAGGAAAGAUGAAUUUGAACAAGCUCACGUUGAAAGAUGCAUUUUAAUAUAUGCUACUAGGAAUAAGAUUUUAAUUUUUCAAACAUGGAGAUAACUCAUUUAAGAAAUGUCCAUUUUUAAGGUCCAUUCCCACACACAACCCACAUGUAACUUUAACUGACAUUGUAGUUUGGUCUUAUUAAUUUUUUAAAUAAGAAUUUUGAUGGUGCAAUGUACUAGUAUUACGAUUCCAAUACCUUAUCAUUAAUAUGUAUAUUCAAUUUAACAAUAAAUCAAUAUUUUUGUG